CAUUCGAUUAUUUAUUUUUAUUAGUAAAAUUAUAGUAAUUUAAAAUUUUUUAAAGAGUGUGUUAUUCUGAUUUUAUCAUUUAAUUUUUGUAAUCUGGCUUCACAUAUUUUGCGAACGUCAAAGGAAAUUUUACCAAAAACUCAUACUUCUAAUAUUUCUAUAACACAGUCAACAGGAAGUGUUACUCUAAGGACAAACAUUAAUAAUUUAAUUUAUAAGCUGCCAACAUUUACCGAAGAUGGUACAAAUCAAACAAAUUCAAGGGAACCAUUUUACCUUAAUUCAAAAGUGAAAAAUAAUUAUGUGAAAUAUUCUCUCGUCAAAGCUCACAUUUCGAAUAAUGUUUUAAGACUAUCAAUCAAGGUUGUUUGGAAUAUUUUAAAAAAUAAAAGUGUCACUGAUGAAAAUGACGACUGGAUCGGCCUGUAUAAAUCAAAUGAGAAUAAUGUUAUGACCUGUGUCGUCAAUGGAGCUUCUAAUGGAGUGUCCAAAGGGAGUACGAUGUGGCUAGUUGAUUUCCCUCACUGCCCAUCCAUGAAUGAAGGAUAUGGAAAAUUCUUUUGCUUCCGUUACUGUAGCGGCUUGUCUUGUCUGGCUGAGUCACAGCCAGUCGAUCUUGACUCUGUGUACAAAUUAGCAGCCAACAGUAACGAGGAUGCAAAACAGCUGAAAGUUUGUGACGAUUGUACUGAGUCAACCGAUAAUUCAGAAAAAUUGCCACAGUGUGAAGCCAAAGUUCUUGAAACAAAAGCAGAUGUACACGUGCAAUAUGUUGAUUCAAAAACUCCAGUCGCAGAAAACAACGAUUACUUAAAAAUAUGGUUGGAUACUCCUGUUCCAGAUUCUCCACCACCACCUCCUCUUCCGCCACGUACCUACAAACAUAAACCUUUGGAAAGAACUUGGGCCGUUCCGACGACCACCAAUAUCUCGUUGGAUACCUUACGUCAGUUAAAACCUAAAGAUUUAAUAAACAGUCCCGAUUUCACUAGCGUUUCCCCUGUUAUUGAGUGGCAAACUCAUAGACCUCUAACGAGGGCUUCAAGUAGAGCAGGCGAUCAUGUUAAUAUGAAAUGUUCUGUUCAAAAAACUCUUUCAAAUGACACUAGGGAACAUUCGAGAUUUAUGAUGUUAACCGAUGAAAACAGGAGGCCAAAAAGAACGGAAAGCAGGAAAGAUACAACGCUCCCGCCAGAUUGGGAAGCUAGAAUGGACAGUCACGGUAGAAUAUUCUAUAUUGAUCAUCUAAAUCGGACGACAACUUGGCAUAGACCUUCGAAACAAAAUUGUGAUAUGCAUUACUACCAACAGAGACAGCAGCUGGACAGAAGAUACCAAAGUAUACGGAGAACUAUAUCCCAAGAAUCUGAACCCAUGACUUUAUCAAGAGCCGAUUCCUUACGUUUAGAUACAUUAAAAACGAAAUUUAGAGAUCACGGGAAUAUAGCUUUACAAUUUAUUACUAAAAUUGAAUUCUCGACUUUGUUACAACAAAAUCAGAGGGCUUUAGCGCUGUAUAAUAGCUCGUCAACCCUAAAAUAUAUAGUACCUAAAAUACGUAAUCACCCUUCGUUGUUUCAACGGUAUCAAAGUCAUAGUGAUUUGGUGAAUUUGCUGAAUUUGUUUGCUAAUACUAGAGUUCCGCUUCCAAGAGGCUGGGCUUCUAAAACAGAUGCAGCUGGAAAGGUAUUUUUUAUAAAUCAAGCUACAAAGAUAACGACGUUCAUUGAUCCACGAUUGCCGCUAAAUGACUUCUCUGUACUGAUGCCUUCUACGUCUCAGGAACCACCAAUACCUCCGCCUCGUCCGACAGUUACACACAUUGAUAACAUGCUAAACGACUCGAUUGAUAUACCCACAGCAUAUAAUGAAAAAGUUGUCGCUUUUAUCCGUCAACCGAAUAUAUUGGAAAUAUUAGCCGAGCGGUAUCCACAAUUUUCUUUGGAUAAAAACCUAAAAGAUAAAAUUAAUCAAAUUAGGAUCGAUGGUACUCCAGCUUUGGAUACGUUUGGAAACGAACUAGAACUCACAAUUUUAUUGAGUCUUUUUGAGAAUGAAAUAAUGAGUUAUGUACCAGUUCGAGUAAGAGAUAUUAGGAUAUCGCCUCAACAAUCACCCAUUAUGAACAGAGCAAAUAGAACUGUUCCUCCGUUCAAAAGAGAUUUCGAAGCCAAACUUAGGAACUUUUACAAGAAAUUGGAAACCAAAGGAUACGGACAAGGACCGGGAAAACUUAAAAUCGAUGUACGGCGAGAUCAUCUUUUGCAAGAUGCCUAUAACAAAAUAAUGAGCAUGCCCAAAAAGGAUUUGCAAAAAUGUAAAUUAUCUGCACAGUUUGAUAACGAAGAAGGACUCGAUUAUGGCGGACCGUCCAGAGAGUUCUUUUUCCUAAUAUCCAGAGAGUUGUUCAACCCUUAUUACGGCCUAUUUGAAUAUUCGGCUAACGAUACUUAUACUGUUCAAAUAUCGCCAAUGUCGGCGGCGUUUGUCAACAACAAAGAAGACUGGUUUAGGUUUAGUGGGCGAGUUUUAGGUUUAGCAUUAGUACAUCAGUACUUAUUAGAUGCCUUUUUCACUCGACCAUUUUACAAGACUCUUUUAAAAUUACCAAUGAGUUUAAGCGAUUUGGAGUCAGUCGAUCGAGAGUUUCACCAAUCGUUGUGUUGGAUACAAGAGAGAGACAUAUCGGGGGAAAUGUUAGACCUGACAUUUUCGGUUACUGAAGAAGUAUUUGGACAAACUGUAGAGAAAGAAUUAAAACCUGGUGGUCAACGAAUUUUUGUUACGGAGAAAAAUAAAAAAGAGUACAUUGACAAAAUAGUUAAAUGGCGAUUGGAACGUGGUGUUACCGAACAAACUGAAGCUCUAGUCCAAGGAUUUUAUGAUGUUGUCGAACCUCGAUUAGUGUCGGUCUUCGAUGCACAAGAGUUAGAACUAGUCAUUGCGGGAACUGUUGAAAUUGAUUUAACCGACUGGAGAAAUAAUACUGAGUAUAGAUCAGGUUAUCACGAUGGACAUACAAUUAUUCGAUGGUUUUGGUCUUCUAUUGAACAAUUUACCAACGAACAAAGAUUGAGGCUUCUUCAGUUUGUUACUGGUACGUCCAGUAUACCCUAUGAAGGAUUUUCAGCACUUCGUGGAUCUACUGGACCUAGAAAAUUUUGCAUCGAGAAAUGGGGAAAAACUAAUAGCUUACCAAGGGCACAUACAUGUUUCAAUCGUCUCGAUCUACCACCUUACACCACUCAAGAUAUACUUAGUGAAAAACUCUUGUUGGCAAUAGAUGAGAGCAACACAUUUGGAAUGGAGUAAUCCUAGAUUUUUAAUUAUAUUUUAUAGCCAUGUUUUGUCUAAAAAAAAACGUAGUAAUUACGAUUUAUAGACCACAACUAAUUAUUAUUGAACAUUUUUAUGAAUUUUU